GCCCUUCGAUAAAAUCAGGAACUUGUGCUGGCCCUGCAAUGUCAAGGGAGGGGGCUCACGCAGGGCGCCUGUAGCUCAGGGGCAGGCCCAAGCCCUGCGCCCGCGAGUCAGUCCAGCCCCUGACGGGGCUUCCCAUCCCAAGGGGCUCCGCACUGGCCCCCACCGAGGCAGGGGACCGGACCGGACCAGAGCUCGGCUGGAUGUUACAGGCGUGCAAAAUGGAAGGGUUUCCCCUCGUCCCCCCUCAGCCAUCGGAAGACCUGGUUCCCUAUGACACGGAGCUGUACCAACGCCAAACGCAUGAAUACUACCCCUAUCUCAGCAGUGAUGGAGAGAGCCACAGUGACCACUACUGGGACUUCCACCCGCACCACGUGCACAGCGAGUUCGAGAGCUUUGCGGAGAACCACUUCACGGAGCUGCAGAGCGUGCAGCCCCCGCAGCUGCAGCAGCUCUACCGCCACAUGGAGCUGGAGCAGAUGCACGUGCUGGACACCCCCAUGGCGCCCGCCCACGCCGGCCUCGGCCACCAGGUCUCCUACCUACCCCGCAUGUGCCUCCCGUACCCCUCCCUGUCCCCGGCCCAGCCCAGCACGGAUGAGGAGGAGGGCGAGCGGCAGAGUCCCCCACUGGAGGUGUCCGAUGGGGAGGCCGAUGGCCUGGAGCCAGGGCCGGGCCUCCUGCAUGGGGAAACAGGCAGCAAGAAGAAGAUCCGCCUGUACCAGUUCCUGCUCGACCUGCUUCGCAGUGGGGACAUGAAGGACAGCAUCUGGUGGGUGGACAAGGACAAGGGCACCUUCCAGUUCUCGUCCAAGCACAAGGAGGCGCUGGCACACCGCUGGGGCAUCCAGAAGGGCAACCGGAAGAAGAUGACCUACCAGAAGAUGGCCCGCGCCCUGCGCAACUACGGCAAGACGGGCGAGGUCAAGAAGGUCAAGAAGAAGCUGACCUACCAGUUCAGCGGGGAGGUGCUGGGCCGCGGGGCCAUGGCCGAGCGGCGCCACCCGCCCCACUGAGCCCCGGCGAGUGACCCGACCCGCUGGGCCCACCAGGCCUCCCUGCUGGCCAUAGCAUUAACCCCUCACCCGGCCCGGACACAGGGAGGGAAGCUCCCAGGGGCCAGGGCAGGACUGUGGUGGGCCAGGCGCGCCUCACCUCCCACUCCCUCCUCCUCCAGGCCCAACCCACAUCCCUGCUUCGCCUCCCACCAGGACCCCAGCCCUGGCCCCAAAAGGCACCUGGGGGAGUCUGACCCCUGGAGAGGGUCGGCCUGGAUUAGUGCUGCCAGGUGCUGCCUUGAGAGUCGAAGCCAUCAGACCUGUGUACAUACCCACCCUGUAAGCACCUCUCCCUUCUCACACCUCUGUCCCAUCAGCUUCCUCAAGAAACUUGCAGCACAAAGAGUUUCUUUUAAAAUGGAUUGUCCGCCCCCCCCCACCCCCACCCUCACCCCCAUGAUCUCUCCUUUUCCCAUUUAUGUAUUGGCAUUUUCUAAGGACACCCAGUGCUCAGAUGCUGGGGAUGUGAGGACACAGGGAUCAGCCUGGAGUUAGAGCUGUGGACAGAAUGAGUCCUCAGUUCUUAUUAGGGAAAUAAAUCAUUGCAAAACUCUC